AUGAUUGGAUACGCGCUGCUGCUUCUUCCCGGAUUACUGGCCAUUGCGCAGGCGCAAGCGCUGAAUGACACCAACGCUGCCCUGGCAUCCGGCGUCCAGGAGCCGGGCCUGUGGCGCCAGGCCAGGCGGAGGAGUGUCCUGGCGGACAGCUGCGUCACCAACAGCGGCACCACCGGCACCUGCCUCACGCGCUUCAAGUGCAUGCGGCAGUCGGGCACCGUGAAUGGGUACUGCGGCACCUACGGCGUUUGCUGUGAAACCAAUCUUCAAGUGGGCGCUUCUACGCGCCAGAAGAGAACGAUCAUCAAGAAUCCUGGCGUCUUAUCCAGCGAUCUGAACACCUACACCAUCGAAGCCUUCAGCAGCAACGUGCAGCAGCUGCGCAUCGACUUCGAGCAGUUCGUGAUGCAGCAGCCCACGGACACGGAUGGAGUGCUCGAGUGCCAGGACUACUUCGAGGCGGGUGGCUUCAAGUUGUGCGGAGUGAACGACGGCCAGCACCUGUACCUGCCCUUCAAUGCGGCUGCGGGAGUCGAUCAGGUGACCCUUACGUUUGUAGUGACCUCCAGAGGAACUGCACCCGUUUGGCGGCUGAUUGUAACCCAGCUGGAAGGUCCACCAGCGAGCAGCCGACGUCGCUCCAGCACUUCGACCGGCCUGGGAACCUCCACCAAUUCGCUGCAGGAUCUGCGGGACAUCUUCGCCGCCCACCACGCCGACUUCGAGCUACUUGCUCCGCCCGGCUGCCAGCAGUUCUACACCGAUCUGUCGGGCACCAUUCGCAGCUUCAACUUCCAGACUUCAGUCGUCAGCAACUACAUGCCCGACUUGAGCUACACUAUCUGCAUCAAGUCGGCUACAACCGCCAGCAUGAUCGAAUACUCCUUUAGCAAGUUCUCGAUGUCCGUGCAGUCGGACUCCGGCGAGGGCUACGACGAGUUCUGCCACGCCACUGUCCACACGACGGGCAGACAGGAGGACUACUUGAUGAUACCGCAGAGCAUCCUGGCCAAGAACAUGGCCUACCAGCCCACCUACUACUGCGGCACCAACGACAACCUGCUGGUUUACGCCUCGCCGCCCUACAUGAUGCACUUCUCCAGCGAUGACCUCACCUUGAAUCGGGAUGUGGAGACGGGAUUCAGCAUGACUUACCGCCAGAGGAACUCACUACUUUAAGCACUCAUUCGUUUUCACCUACACUUGGAUAGUUU